AUGGGUAGCCCUGAUCUUUGGCCUCGGCUUAUUUCGCCGGAGAAAACUCCCCCAGGACCCAUUGGCCUCCCUCUGGUCGGAAACCUCUUUGAAAUUGGUACAAAGCCACACCAAUCACUAGCAAAUUUGGCCAAGAAGUACGGUCCUCUCAUGACAGUUCGUCUCGGCAGCAAAACCCUGGUCGUAGCUUCGUCCCCGGAAAUGGCUCAGCAAGUCUUGCAAAAGCACGACGAGGCCUUCUCGGGUCGGGUCAUAUCUGACACCAUCACCAAAGUCCAAAACUACGACCUGAACCUGGUCUGGAUGCCCUCCGGAGAUAAGUCACGCUUAAUCCGGCGAGCUCUCAGCACUUUUUUGCUGCACCCAAAGAAGCUGGACACUCUAGUCGGCUUCGCCACAAGACGAUGCAAGAGCUGGUUCAACAUCGAGACCGGAGAAGCUGUGGAUAUUGGAAAGUUAGCCUUUAUUACGGCACUGAACCAAAUGUCUAACACGUGCUUUUCCAUGAACGUGGCCGAUUACAACUCCGGCGAAGCUCAGGGGUUCUUGAAUGCCGUGAAGACAGUCAUGUUCGUCGUCGGGCAGUUUAAUAUUGCUGAUGUUUUCCCUUGGCUGAAGCCUCUAGAUCCUCAGGGAUUGAAGCGGAGAGCGAAAGUUGCUUACAACUGGCUUAAUUCUGUUUCUAAUGAGUUUGUCACGAAGAGGCUGCAGCACAGGAAGCUUAACAUAGCCAGACAUGGGGAUAUGUUAGAUUCUCUUCUUGAUUAUGUUCAGGAGGAGCUUGAGCUCAACUAUGAAUGUGUCAAGGUUCUUCUAGUGGAGUUGCUACUUGGAGGUACAGAAACAAGUUCAAUUACCACUGAAUGGGUGAUGACAGAACUAAUACUCAAUCCAAAUAUAAUGGCAACGGUGCGCGAGGAAAUUCAGAAAAAGGUGGGAGAUAAAGAAAGAAUAGAAGAAUCAGACGUACUCGAAUUGCCCUCCUUACAGGCUGUAAUAAAAGAGACAAUGAGGUUGCACCUCACCGUGCCGCUUCUCGUCCCUCACAAAACAGAGACAGAGGUAGAGCUGAACGGUUAUGUAAUACCGAAGAAUACUCAAACAAUAGUAAAUGCUUGGGCAAUUGCUCGCGACCCUAAAUAUUGGGAAGAGCCAACUGUUUUUAAGCCAGAGAGGUUCUUGAACUCUAAAUUGGAUUUUAAAGGUCAGCAUUUUUCCUUCAUUCCUUUUGGUUCUGGCCGAAGAAUGUGCCCGGGAAUUCCCCUUGCUCAUAGGGUUGUGAGUUUGAUGGUGGCUUCGCUUGUUUAUCACUUUGACUGGAAUCUCCCUCAUGGAUUGACACCAGAGAAGCUGGACAUGAAUGAUAUCUUUGGCCUGACGUUGCAGAGGGCAAUCCCACUUAUGGCCGUACCAACAAUUUGCCAAAAAAUAAUUUUACUCAUCAAUUUCUCACCUUGA